GGGGGGGGGGGGGGGGGGCUGCUUUUACCCGAUUUAGAAAGGGAUAGUACGUAGCUGCUGAGAACAAGACAUUUUUGUAUGAGAGGUGUAUAGUGCCAUGGCAUAAAGUGCAAGCUUUAGUUAUGCAGAGCUCAUAGUGAUAUGCCUGCAAUAGCUGCUGUGUAGCGUUCCAUGUAGGGCCGUACUAAGAGCAAAUUGUGGCAUUGUGUUUUUGGUGGUCUGUGUUGCAUAAUUUUGAUUGAAUUGCUCAACUUCACAAUGAAGUAUAGCGGGAUAAGGCAAAGCCAAUGCCGCGGUGACUUGCUCUUGCCUUCGAUGCAUGAAGGUGAACUGCCCACGCUAUAUUGGCCACUGGACGAGUCCCCAUGGAAAGAAGUGUCAGCGUCCCUGCAGAGCAUGGCCAAGUUGGAGGAACAUUUCACCAAAGAGAGGCCUCCGAGUGCAGCUUCGAGUGGGGACGAGCCUGUCUGCCCGGUCUGUGAUCGCAAGUUUAAGAUGCAUUGCCACAUGGUUCGCCACCUGCGCAGUGCACACAGCGUGAACCCAGCCACCUUCCUGGAUAUGCCGCAAAGCCAGAAUCGGCAGGGGCUUCAAAAAGGUCGCGCGAAGCGCACGACGUCCCAAGUAAAAGCUGUGCAGAAGCGGCACGGCCAGUUGACCAAAAAGGCAGCAGCAGAAGGAGCAGCACAGCGCCAGUUGCCCAAAGCAGCCGCUGCCGUGGCAUCUGUCGGCACUGUCUCAAAGGCAUCAACGUCUAAGGCAAAGAAGCCCAAGCCAGGUGACUCAGCACAGCAGCCGUCAUCCAGCCAGCGAGUCACUGGUGGCAGCAGCAGUAAGGCUGCGUUGUCAUGCCAGUGGUGUGGCCUUGUGUUUGACUCCCUGCGGGGCUUGGUGAAGCACGAACAGGUGCACCUGUGGAAGAAGGCCGUCAACAAGCCUAAGUGCUCCAGGUGUGGCAGAAUCUACAAGUACCCGAGUGGACUGGUGCGACACAGGCUCACCUGCACCAAGACAGCCAUCAAGCCAAAGACAUCUGGCGCCAAGGCGUACAAGUGUAACAAGUGCAAGGCUGUCUUUGACAACCAGGUCAGCCUUAGCAGGCACAAGGGAUCACACACGAGAAAAGCACGGGCUGCAUCCAGAAGUCAAGUGCCAUGCCAGUGCAACCUUCAAAGCUGCAAAGUGUGCAGAUGGUACGAGAAAGCCAGUGGGGAUGUUGCCAACAACAACAGUGACACAGGCAGCUCCUACAUGUGCUACCUGUGUUCACAGGUGUUCCGCACCAAGGAGAAUCUGACCACCCACCUAAUUACAAAGCACUUCAAGAUGUCAAUUUAACUCGAAGAUGCUGUUGACCUGAGCAGUGCAAAACAGACGUGCAGAAAUUUGGGGAAGUUAGAGUGGGAAACAAACUCAUUUAACAGGCAGGCGAACAAUUGUACACACUGAAAACAUACAGUAAGAAGCCGAGAGUGCGUUCAAAGUUAUGUUAGGAAUGUCUCACAAGGUGGGUCACAGUAAAUUGCUUGACCCGAUUUGCAAAACAAAAGUAUGGCCCCUCAUUGCAUUUGUGUACUGCAAGCUGUGCCUUAAAUUGUUGGUGGAGAUGAUAAGAGUGGCUGUGUGCCACACUCAGCAGCUCCUUUCUAAAACACACACACACACACACACAUGCAAAAAGGAAGACGUUGAAAAGGAAGACGUCUUUGCAAAAAGGAAGUGUGCAGGUGUUGUUCCCCACUCUAUCAAGGAGUGGUUUCUCCCAGUGAUUACAGAGUCUCAGUUAUUUCUAACUAACAGUGGAACUAACUUAUUGGAAACUAACAGUGUUAAGAGAACGCAAUUUAAGUGAAGUAGGCAAGUUGUUUGUCGGCCAUAGUUGAACCAACCAUAUGUACCUCACUAGCUCAUGCUUAGUUUUCGAACAAAUGUGCUACUAUAAAAGCACUACAUUUUCAUGCCUGUCAGUGUGCAGGUAUGCCUGUUUGCAUUUUCACAGCACGUGUUCUUGUUUCCAUUGUUCAUAUCACUCAUAGCCCUUUGGUGGUGUGUUUAAUUCAAAUAAAUAUAGU